UGGGUUUCAUAUUUAAACCGUGAGAAGAAGUUAGAUUCAGUUGUUGGUUUCCGUCCAAGUGCUCCUCCAGCACCAAAAGGACUAUAUCUGUAUGGGAAUGUUGGAAGUGGGAAGACAAUGCUUAUGGAUAUGUUUUAUGGUGCCACAGAAGGAAUUGUGAAACAUCGAAGAAGGUUCCACUUUCAUGAGGCUAUGCUUGAAAUUCAUCAACACAUGCAUAGGACUUGGAAGAGUCAAUUAGAGCAAAAAUAUCAACAAUCAAACAUUUCUGGUUGGAUCAUGAACCUUCCAUUAGAUACAAAAGUCAAAGAAUGGAUAGCUGGUGAAGAAAAAUAUAAGCAAGAGAUUCAAAUGCAGAAUAUCCUUCUUGAUGUUGCUGACAAAUUUCUUGUCAACCAGGAGGGGAACAAGGGAGGAGCAAGCAUUCUUUGCUUCGAUGAGAUACAGGUAAAUAGCUGUAACACUA